AUUUCGUUGCAUCGUCUAUCCGUUCCAGCGGAAGCUGACGCAGCGUCAGGCCAUCAUCACCAUCGCCUUCAUCUGGGCGCUGGCUGUGGGCAUCAUGUGUCCGUCCGCCGUCACGCUGACCGUCUCGCAGGACCUCCUGCACUUCAUGGUGGACCGGGACAACGUCACGUACCCGCUGUACACCUGCUGGGAGGCCUGGCCCGACCAGAGCAUGAGGAAGAUCUACACCACCGUCCUCUUCUCGCACAUCUACCUGGCUCCGGUCACGCUCAUCGUCAUCAUGUACACGCGCAUCGCCGUCAAGCUGGUCAAAUCGCCCGCGUCUAUCCGGGACGCGCACGCGGAGGACGAGAGCCGCCGGGUUUUCCGCAGGAAGCUGCGCGUGGUGAACAUGCUGCUGAUCGUGGCGCUGCUCUUCACCGUCUCCUGGCUGCCGCUCUGGAUCCUCAUGAUGCUGACGGACUACGGCAAUCUGUCGUCCGCUCAGCUGGAUCUGGUGGCCGUCUACGUCUUCCCAUUCGCUCACUGGCUGGCCUUCUUCAACAGCAGCGUCAACCCCAUCGUGUACGGCUACUUCAACGAGAACUUCCGCCGUGGCUUUCAGGCGGCGUUUAAGAUGGGCCUGUGUCUGGUGGACGAGCCGCUGCAGCCCAGACGCAACGACACGUGGAAACACAACCGCGUGUUUGCGGACAGAGACAGGCCGAACGCUCAGAGCAACGGCAGGAGAGAGUUCUGCAGCGGAGAGCAGAGAGACGAGCUGGUGCUGGAGGAUCUGGACUGAAGGAGCGUCCUGCAUUCAUGCGCCGAGAUGCUUACAAACCCUCACACAGGCUCCUGUGAAACAACUGCAUACACACACACACUCACACACUCACACACACACA